AUGUUCAAUAGAGCUACGGAUGGUCCAUACUUCCCUCAUUUUGGGAAGAAGGAGUAUGAUAUAAGUUUUACCACCACCAUCAGUGGUAGUAGUAGUAGUAGUAGUAGUAGUAGUAGUAGUAGUAGUAGUAGUAGUAGUAGUAGUAGUAGUAGUAGUAGUAGUAGUAGUAGUAGUAGUAGUAGUAGUAGUAGUAGUAGUAGUAGUAGUAGUAGUAGUAGUAGUAGUAGUAGUAGUAGUAGUAGUAGUAGUAGUAGUAGUAGUAGUAGUAGUAGUAGUAGUAGUAGUAGUAGUAGUAGUAGUAGUAGUAGUAGUAGUAGUAGUAGUAGUAGUAGUAGUAGUAGUAGUAGUAGUAGUAGUAGUAUAUAUAGUAGUAGUAGUAGUAGUAGUAGUAGUAGUAGUAGUAGUAGUAGUAGUAGUAGUAGUAGUAGUAGUAGUAGUAGUAGUAGUAGUAGUAGUAGUAGUAGUAGUAGUAGUAGUAGUAGUAGUAGUAGUAGUAGUAGUAGUAGUAGUAGUAGUAGUAGUAGUAGUAGUAGUAGUAGUAGUAGUAGUAGUAGUAGUAGUAGUAGUAGUAGUAGUAGUAGUAGUAGUAGUAGUAGUAGUAGUAGUAGUAGUAGUAGUAGUAGUAGUAGAGAGGAGUAG